GGCACCUCCCGGUUAUAGCGCGGUCACGCGGCGGCCGCCGCCGCCCCUAUAUAGCGCGGGGCGGGGGGCGCGGAACCGGCACCGGGAGCGGGUCCGGGAGCGGCGGAGGGAGCGGCAUCCGGCCCCCGCCCCCCCGGAGCGGCUGCCAUGCGGCUCAGGAUGCUUUCGGCUGCCUCCGUCCUCGUCCUGCUCUUCCUGCCCUCGGAGACCUGCUCGCCCCUGCAGUGGCCCCGCAGGCUGCCCGUAGCCCCCCAGCCCAGCUGGGAGCCGUGGCCGGGAGCCCCGCGACCCCCGGUGCCCGCCGGCAGCCCCCAGCCCCACGGACAGCCCCGGCUCUGCCAGCCCCGGGGGGCAGCGCCCGCCACGGCCCCCCGCGUCCCCCGGGCGCUGCAGGCGGGCAAGAGGCGAGAGGGGAAACCCAACUCUCUGGACCUCACCUUCCACCUCCUGCGCGAGUUCCUGGAGAUGUCCCGCGAGGAGAGACUGGCCCAGAAGGCGCUGAGCAAUAAGCUGCUGCUGCAGAGUAUAGGGAAGUGA